AUGAGUACUUGUUCUGAAUCAGGGCCACCACAUGAAGCCCUUUUCUUUGUCUUAGCUUUUCUUCCUGUUUUUGAGCUUGUUUCAAUGACCCAAGUCUGCAAAUCACUUAGAGAUGCUAUAAACAAUGACAUAUUGCCCUGGCUUAACAUAAUAGUCGAACUGCCUUUGAACAAGCGUCUUUCGGAUGAUAUUCUGAUGAAAGUUACGUCAAAAGCGAAUGGCCGGCUAAGGUUUCUGGCUCUGAAGAACUGUGUGAGAGUUACUGAUGAUGGACUUCUAAAGGUUGUAGAGGAAAAUCCCUUUAUCUCCAAGGUAUGA